AUGUCUCCUAAGAAGAAAACCUCGUCAGAAGGCACUCAGUCGCGUCAGACUGGCGAUCCCAAGGCCGAUCCCAAAGCUGCCCUUACACCUCUGACGGCCCCUGUGCAAUCCCGACUUUCGUCGCCAGCGCGGUUCUCUCUGGUAGUUCUGUGCAGUCUACUUGUGAGCUCGGUUCUUUUCACCCUCACCAGCAGUGUGACGGUGGGCGAUCUCGGCCUGGUCAGCAAGCACCUGGAAGAGUGGUGGGAAGUGGGGGGCUUGGUGGCAUGGAGAGCCGUCGAGGUCGGUUUGGCCUGGAUUUUUGGACUUGACAGCUGCGAUGUCGCAUCAUUCCUCUUCUUAACGCACCUCCCGACAUACACCCUCCUGUCCUUCUUCUACGGUGUCCGACCUACAUCCGUUCUGACCUCGUAUGCGAUCACGGUGCUCUCGACAGUGAUUCCAUUCGCCCUCUUGCGCCAGCCGUCGUCGGUCCAUAAUCUGUCUCACGCGCCCUCCGGCACGGUGGCCAACCGAGGCAUCCUGCAGGAUCGUCUCACCACCGUCUACACCACCCUGACCGCGACCUCUAUCUUCAGUGUCGUGCUGUAUGCUAGUUAUGCAACCUGGCUGCCUGUCCAGCUCGUCACGCGUUUUGAGAGCAUUCCCGACAUCAGCGCUGUGCAUGCCGGACCCAGCGGCCUUCCUGUUCUCUUCAUCACCCUGAUCCCCGUCGGCUACGCUGUGCGCGACUUCUUAUUCGUCAGCUCUGCUGGCCACUCGAAGAGCCCAGCCGACGAUGUGGAAACUGAAGAACGCCCGGGAGAGUAUCUGUUUGAGUCUAUCUAUCGCAAGACCUGGGGUCGGCUGUCAGUGAAGACCAGAAUUCUGGCUUCUCGCACGUUCCUGCUCGCAUCCGUGAUACUGCUCAACACCAUUGUGCAAGUUGCAGGCACGAUCCGAAGCGUCUCUGUGGCAGGGGCAUUUUCCUGGGGCUCGAUAUGGGCUGUGGCGACCUUGGCAGUGGGUGGUGUCUUUGGCUGGGUUGAGGCUGUGGAUGGUGUAUAA